UGAAAACCUUUUUUAAAAUAUUGGUUUUAAUCGAUCUGUAUAUGUUGACAAAUGUUGCUGCGGAAAAAAAUUCUGGUCGAAUAGCUGGUGGAAAAAUAAUAGAUAUAUCAAAAUGUGGAUGGCAAGUUUCAUUGCAAACAUUUGAUCAGCAUCUUUGUGGUGGUUCUAUAAUUAAUAAUCAUUGGAUACUGACAGCAGCUCAUGGAAAUGCUGAUACUUAUUCAAUUCGUGUUGGAAGCUCUAGGCACGACUCCGGUGGUGUUGUAUAUAAUGUCACAAAAAUUAUAAGACAUCCCAAACACGAUGAACAAACAUUUGAUUUUGAUGUUGCUCUGGUACGUGUUAACACACCUAUCAAGUUUACAGUAUGUAAUAGUAAAUCCGUCAAAAUUGAAGAAAAAGGCAUCGAAACACCUCCAGGAAAAAUGGUCCAAGUCACAGGAUGGGGUGCAGAACAAGCUGGAGGUCCCGACUCAUAUUUCCUGCAGGAAACAUGGAUUCCUAUUGUAAGCAAUGAGAUCUGCCAAGAAAAUUAUGCAGAAGAUAUAAAACCCAACCAGGUUACUGAUAGAAUGAUAUGCGCUGGUUUUCCAAAAGGAGGAAAAGGUUCUUGUACUGGCGAUAGCGGAAGCCCUAUGAUAGACCCAAAUAGAAAUCUUAUUGGAAUUGUUUCUUGGGGCUCAGGAUGUGGCAAACCAAAUAAACCGGACGUUUUUACUAAAAUAGCACAUCCAGAAAUUCAUUCUUUUAUUCAAGAAAAUAUUGUCAAAUAGUUUAUAAAAUUGAAGCAAAAUAAAUCAAC